CGUACAUACGUUCCCCAUAAAAGAUUGGUACACACCUCUCUCAUCAUUGCUUCGUAUUUGGCUGUUGAUCGAUAGUGCCGAAAUAAUAAUGUUUUUAUCCGUUGAAAAACUGUUUCGUUACGGAGUGUUAAUACUGCUAUGGAUCAGAUCGAGCUACCAACAGGAAGAAGACAUACCCCAUAACGAAGUAAAAAACUGGGCCUUGAAAUUUGGCGUAGAUUUAUGGGAAUUCGGCAAACAGGUGACGAAAAUGAGCGAGAUACAAAGGAAAUAUCACGGUAUGGAAGCUGAAGUUGUGAGGAAGGAUGGUCUGGUGUUAGUGCGAGAAAUGGCAACAGAAGUGAAAAAUAUGUUGGACUUUAAGAUGAAUGCUGUUAUGAGACUGGUGGAGAGCGCGGAGCAGGCAGCCGUGUCUGAACCCAGGGAUGGAAACGCAUCGCCGAAAUAUUAUUCUUCGCAGCGUUUCGAUGGUUUUCCGGGUGACGGAAAACUAGCCAUAGCCGGACAAGAAAAUUUACUCUCCUCCAACCGGCACUUUGAUCAUUUGGCCGUGAAUGUUACGCUCUCGACAGUGCUGUUGCCUGCUGGAGUAAAAGAUGAUUAUCGUGAAGUAGCAGCUGGCAUUCAAUGGAGCGAAUACUUGGAUUUGUUGUUCGUGAAUAAUUACGAAAGCGAUCCUUCGUUGUCCUGGCAGUAUUAUGGCGCGACUUCGGGAUUCCUACGACGUUUCCCCGCAAUUUCUUGGCCCCCGUUCGUGGAGCGAGCAUCCACUACAAACGGAAACGCGAACCGGAUCGUUCGAGAUGUGUACGACUUUCGAAUUUCAAAUUGGUUCGUCGGAGCCGCGAACAGCCCAAAAGAUUUGGCUAUAUUGGUCGACAUCGAAUGUUACGCAUCCGAACGGAUUAAACGUUUAGCGAUAAGCACCGUUAAAACUAUUCUUGACACACUGGGUCCCGAUGAUUAUGUUAACGUGUACCGUUACGGAGAUUCCGCGGAAGAGAUUGUUCAGUGCUUCAAGGAUAGUUUGGUUCAAGCUUCACCGGAAAAUAUCCAAGAACUGAAAAUAGCCGCGGGCUCGCUGAAGCACGAAGGAGUGCCGCCGACAAAUAUAUCGGCUGCUCUUGGGACUGUUUUUGAAAUUCUUCACAGAUACAAUAGAACAAGUCAAGGAAGUCAAUGCAACCAAGCGAUUCUGCUCAUUACCGCCGAUAACACUGGAUUACCCACGGAUGUGAUAAAACGAUACAAUUGGCCGCACAUGCCCGUUCGUAUUUUCACGUAUCUCAUAGGGGGUGACAAGAGUCCUGAAUUGCGCGAUACUGCCUGUGCGAACAAAGGAUUUUACGCGAGAAUCACCGACGCAGAAGAAAUCAAGAGCAAAGUUUUCGAAUACGUAAAAGUUCUUGCUCGGCCUAUGGUGCUCUAUCAGCACGAUCAUCCUAUUCAUUGGAGUCCCGUUUACGUCGGUGGAAAGAGUGGCAGAUACGGCAAAGAAGACAUCGGACAGUUAAUGACAUCGGUCACGGCGCCAAUUCUAGAUCGUCGAAACUAUACGGUAAAAGACACGUACGUACAUAUGUAUGUGACGAAACAUAUUCAUAGAUUGUCGUUGACUCCUUGUUUUUUACAUUUAUAGUUAGGCGUCAACGGAUAUUCCUUUGUCGUUGAUAAUAAUGGACGCGUCUUGUAUCAUCCGGAUUUGCGACCUUUGCCCGGAUAUAUAGACUACGAGGAAACAUUGAAACCUACGUACGUUAGCGUAGAUUUAUCGGAAGUCGAACUUGCCGAGUACGAUGGUCCGUCGCAUCCUUUGAACAAUUCUCUUCUUCUCGACUUGAGGCACGAUAUGAUCGAUCAAAAAGAAGGGGAAACAGAUUUCGCGAUAAAAGUUCAUUACGACGAUAUGAGAAGGGUCACCAUUAGACGACAUAAUUACUUUUAUAAACCAAUCGAAGGGACGCCGUUCUCGUUGGGUCUCGGAUUGCCCGAAGGUUAUGGCAUGUUUGAACUGUUGGCCGAACAAGAAAUUAAGCAUGCCAUAAUAAAUGUAACCGAGUACUUUAAGGGAAACAAUUGGAAGGUUCAUCCCGAUUGGGUAUAUUGCGAAUACAAUUCGGCUUCCGAAAAAUGGUUCUCCUCCCCGGAAGAAAGCGUUUUGCAUUUUUUGGCACGAACGCAAAGACCCGGGUGGAAAUGGAUGUCCUUGAGACCAAGGAGUCCAAGCUCGCAUCACAAACAAGCGAGCAAGCCUGACAAAGAUUCGUAUUAUUGCGAUAAAAGAUUAGUGCAGUCUCUUGUUUUGGAUGCGUUGGUUACCGAUGGCUUCGAUAAAAGAGGUGCGAUGCACAAAGAGGAAAAUCAAAGCCCUAUUGCCAUACUGAUGGCUCUACUGCACAGUCAAGGAAAAGGCAGAUUCGGUGUGACAAGGAGUUUCAUCGCAACUAGAAGCGGUCUGUUUCGUUGGCAUGAACACCGACAAAGCAACGAAGAAUCCAUCGAUGAACCACCCUUUGCCGAGAAGUACGCGAGAGCUAUGGAUUCGUCUUGGUACAAACGUGCCGUCGAUCAACAUUCGAUAGAACCGGAAAGUUUCGUUUUCAGCGUACCCUUCGAUGCCGCCGACAGCCCGAGUCCUUUAGUCACAGCUACGCACGCUGUAUUCAUCGGGAAAGGGCAUAAAGCACCAGCUGCGGUCGUUGGUCUUCAAUUUCAACAUUCCUCAUUGGCGUCUCAUUUUGUCAACAUUACUUCGACGUGUAGCGGCACGAAUUGUAAAAAAAAUUGUGCUUCCGAAGAACUGGAUUGUUAUAUCUUAGAUAAUAAUGGAUUCAUCAUUAUUAGCGAGCGUCACGAACACACCGGAAAAUUUUUUGGUGAAAUCGAUGGUACCAUAAUGGAUUCUUUGGUUCAAGAUAGAAUUUACAGAAAGGUGACAGUGACCGACUAUCAAGGCAAAUGCAGCCCACAGGAGUCUCAUCAAUCGGCAGCACCGAAAACUUUUCCCGAAUCCGUCGCCACGACGAUCGCCAUAUUCGGACACUUCUUUUGGAAUUUGGCAUUCGGUUUCAACGUACAAAAUUUAUGGCAGGUCGCUUUCGCGUUCGCCAGUGAAUCCGUACGAACUUUGGACGAUGACACGAUUUUCACGGACACGGUCGAAGAAACGGAGAAACUCGAUUCGCUGACCGGUGGGGAUUCGACCGCCGAACCGUCCGUAGACGAGAACGAUGCAUUUCCUAGGCUUCCAGCGGUCGCUGCCGCAUCUCCCGCUUCUCCUGGUACAACACGCGCUACGUCUGCUUAUUAUCCGCAAAGAAAACUGAGGACUUGCGAGAAGAAAACGGAUCUCUACAUUUUACAGCCCGAAAGGCUCAACACCAGCGGACAAAGUAAUCCCUUAAAGGGAAAAUUAACAAAUUGUCACGUGACUGGGUGCGAAAGACCGUUUAGCGUACAAAAGAUACGACACACGAAUUUGAUCUUACUUGUCGUGGACACGUUAUGUCCAUGUGGGAGUAAACAGCUUAGCAUCGAACCUAUAGAAGCAAUCACAGAGCCUGGAGCCUGCACUGCGAGAAGAGAACGCUUGUAUCGUCGAAGGCCACCGAAAUGCAUAAACUACCAUCCAGAGGAAAUGGAAAUCAAACUUUGCGGUGGUGCCAGUCGUCCUUGUAAUUCCUCUUUCGUCUUAUUUAACGCGAUCAUAUCUGUUGUUCUCGCAUCGCUAUUGGCGUGA